AUGGACAUCGCUAUCCAGCACCCCUGGUUCAAGCGCACGCUGGGCCCCUUCUACCCCAGCCGGCUCUUCGACCAGUUUUUCGGGGAGGGCCUCUUCGAGUAUGACCUGCUGCCCUUCCUGUCCUCCACUAUCAGCCCCUACUACCGCCAGUCCCUCUUCCGCUCCGUGCUGGACUCCGGCGUCUCCGAGGUCCGAUCUGACCGGGACAAGUUCGUCAUCUUCCUGGACGUGAAGCACUUCUCUCCUGAGGACCUCACCGUGAAGGUGCAGGAGGACUUCGUGGAGAUCCAUGGCAAGCACAAUGAGAGGCAGGACGACCACGGCUACAUCUCCCGCGAGUUCCACCGCCGCUACCGUCUGCCUUCCAACGUGGACCAGACGGCGCUCUCCUGCUCCCUGUCCGCGGACGGCAUGCUCACCUUCUCCGGCCCCAAGAUCCCGUCUGGCAUGGACGCCGGCCACAGCGAGCGAGCCAUCCCCGUGUCGCGGGAGGAGAAGCCCAGCUCUGCGCCCUCGUCCUAAGCUCGGCCUCGGCCUCGGCUGCCACCCACUGCUGCCCCCUUGACCCGUUGACCGGGGAGACCCCAGGAAGUGGGUCGUCUGUCUUCCUUUGUUUUCUUCUUUUUC